GUUGCUUGUUCGUCUUCAGUGUUGUUGAUCCUUCCAUUUUCUGUUCCACCAAAACAAUCUCCUUCAUUCUCUUCUUUCUCUCCCUUCUCCUCUUUUUCCUUCUCUUCAUCGCUCUCUUUUCGUAUUCUUCAAAAGGAUGGGGACAUGGAAGAAAACACAAUAUUCUUUUUCAAAUGGGAAUCAAUUUCUCCCUCCUAAUCAGUCGGUGUUUGGAAGAAAUUUGACAAAGGAUCAACUUGGUGGUGUCAUAUUUGGGUGCAAGAAUGCGACAAUUAAAGAAUGUUUAACCAAACAACUCUUUGGCUUACCGGCUCAGCACUUCUCUUAUGUGAAGAAUAUUCGACCUGGUUUGCCGCUGUUUCUGUUUAACUAUACUGAUAGGAUGCUUCAUGGAAUUUUUGAGGCGGCUUGUAAUGGGAGAAUGCUCAUAGACCGUUAUGGAUGGACAGAUGGUUCAGAUUCAACACAAUUUCCUGCACAGGUGCAAAUUCGAGUUCAAUUACAAUGCCGGCCACUGUCUGAAGAUAAAUUUAAACCUGUAAUUGCAGACAACUACUACCAUCAUAACCAUUUCUGGUUUGAGCUCGACCAUGGACAGACAAGCCAACUGAUUUCCUUGCUAAAACCCUUAGCAAUUACUCCUCGUAAUUCUGUUCCUCAGAAUUCGAAAUGGACGGCUGUGGUGUCCCGAUAUCUUCCACCGCAAGAGCCUGCGUGGAAAACAGAAACAUUUAAAAUGCCUGAAUCAGAGUUUGAGCAUCGUUCUACUCACUCAAGUACGAAAUCAGGUUCCAUUGGGAGUGAUUUUUUGUUUGAUGAAUACAGUCAGCCAUUGGAUACUCAUUCAAUUGAUAAGGAGGAAACAAAACAAAUUGAGAAGGAUCUCAUUGGGAGUGAUUUAUUGUUUGAUGAAUACACUCAGCCAUUGGAUACUCAUACAAUUGAUGAGGAGGAAGCGAAGCAGAAUGAGAAGGACCUCAUAUGGAUGAAACUAAAGGAAUUGACUCUUAGCCGUGAAAAUCAAGAUCUCUCUUGGGAAAACAAUGUAAGCGAUACUCCUUAUGCGAAUGAGAGUUGCUUCGGAGGAAAGCAUUCAGAGAAGGAGGAGAAUACUAGUUCUCCAUCAGAGAAGGAGGAGAAUCCCAGUUCUUCAUCAGAGAAGGAGGAAAAUACUAGUUCUCCAUCAGAGAAGGAGGAGAAUCCCAGUUCUUCAUCAGAGAAGGAGGAGAAUUUCAGUUCUCCAUUAGAGCAUCAAUACAACAUAGCUCAGUUGGUGCAAGAGAUCAAAGAACUGACGGAUUUCAAAAAAACUCAAACUGAAAGGAAUAACUACCUGGAGCAGAAGCUGAUAGAGGCAGAAUUGGAAAUUCAGCUUUUAAAGGAUCGUUGUACACUGUUAGAAUCUACACACAAUGCUCCUUCAUUACACAUUGAGGAGACAGUAAUCAAUCCGUCUGCUAAACUGCAUUUAGAUGCCAAAGAUUCAAUAUAUUUAAUAGGCGGCUCUGAUGGACAAUCAUCAUUAGCAUCUAUGGAUCAGUAUUGUACUUCUCAGAAUGUGAUUCAAUCUCUCAAGCCUAUGAACUAUCUUCGAUCAUAUGCUUCAGUUGUAGAGUUGAAUGGUGAGAUUUAUGUUUUCGGCGGUGGAAAUGAUUGUGAUUGGUAUGACUCAGUUGAAUCAUACAAUCCAAUUCAUGACAACUGGACUUUGCGUCCCUCUUUGAAACAGAAGAAAGGAAGUUUGGCUGGCGCUGCUUUGAAAGGAAAAAUAUUUGCUGUUGGAGGUGGCAAUGGAUUUGACUGCUUUUCAGAUGUUGAGAUGCUUGAUUUAGACAUUGGACGGUGGAUCCCCACACGUUCAAUGAUAGACAAGAGAUUUGCUCUUGCUGCAGUGGAACUCAAUGGUGCGAUUUAUGCUACUGGUGGAUUUGAUGGAAAGAACUACUUAAAUACUGCUGAAAGAUUUGAUCCCAGGGAACAUUCUUGGUUCAAAAUAGCAAGCAUGAAUACUAAACGGGGCUGUCACUCAAUUGUUGCUCUAAAUGAAAAAUUGUAUGCGCUUGGCGGUUUUGAUGGAGAAACAAUGGUUCCAAGUGUUGAAGUCUUUGAUCCUCGUCUUGGGACGUGGACUGUGGUGGAAACAAUGAAUCAUCCUAGGGGUUAUUUUGCUGCUGCUGUUGUCAAAGAUUCCAUCUAUGUGAUCGGGGGUGUUAAAGGUUGUCAGACUAUUGUAGACACGGUUGAGAAUUAUAAGGAAGACAACGGUUGGAAGGAAACAUACACAUCUUUGGAUGUCAAAAGAUGUUUCAUGUCGGCCAUUGCCUGCACUUACAAGUGACAAGGUUGUCCGGUGAUCAGAGAAAUGCUCUUCGCCGUGCUAUUGCUUUUGUAAAGUCAAAGGAUAAAGCGAAAUUUAUGCAUGAAUCCAAAUGCUUCUUUACAUUGCAUUGAUUUGCAGUUAACUCUAGUGUCAUUGCGGCUAGUUUAAUAGAUUCUAGUUUUUGUUAAGGUGUUUGUCUGUUUGAUAUAUGAAGUAAGAUGUGCAUAGUAUUGCUGAAUUUGAGCAUGAUGUUACCAAGAGAAACAUUGUAUAUGAAUUGUUUUGGUUAGUCCGACAACUUAAUAUGCAUAGACAAGUUUUUUUUUAAAAAAAAAUUGGGAAAA